AUGGCCGACUUUCUGCUCUUCGAGGGCCCAAUGGGCUACUCGCUUUUCAAGGUCGCACACAAGGGAGAUUCGGUGGGCAACAGCCUGAAGGAGGUUCAGGAGGGUGUCAAUGACCUCGCCAAGUUCGGCAAGAUGGUCGAACUCUCCAGUUUUUUGCCCUUUGAAAACAACAAGCAAGCGCUGGGCGAAAUCAACGACAUCUCCGAAGGUGUCGCAUCCGAGACCUUGGUUUCUUUCCUGGAACUGAACCUCCCCAAGCCGAACAAGAAGAAGAAGGUAGUCCUGGGUCUUGCAGACAAGGCCUUGGCCGGCAGUAUCAAGUCCGCCUUUGACUUUGUGGACUGUGAGACCGGCGACACCAGCGAAGUCGUUCAGGAUAUGCUCCGCGGAAUCCGUCUCCAUGCCGACAAGCUGCUGAAGCAGCUCCGUGAGGGUGAUAUGGAUACUGCCCAACUGGGUCUCGGUCACGCUUACUCUCGUGCCAAGGUCAAGUUCUCUGUGCAGCGUGACGACAACCACAUCAUCCAGGCCAUUGCCAUUCUCGACCAGCUCGACAAGGCCAUCAAUACUUUCUCUAUGCGUGUGCGCGAGUGGUACUCGUGGCAUUUCCCCGAGCUGGUCAAGAUUGUCUCCGACAAUCAGCGUUAUGCUCAGGUGGCGCUUUUCGUCAAGGACAAGAAGUCUCUGACGGACGAGAGCCUGCAUGAUCUGGCAGCCCUUGUCGAGGAUGAUGAGGGAAUUGCUCAGAACAUCGUUGAUGCCGCCAAGCACAGCAUGGGUCAGGAGAUCUCCGAAUCUGACAUGGAAAAUGUCACUUCCUUCGCCGAGCGAGUCGUCAAGCUCGCCAAGUACCGCAAGUCGCUUUACGACUACCUGGUGGCCAAGAUGAGCGUCGUCGCUCCCAACCUGGCUGCCCUGAUCGGCGAAGUCGUCGGUGCUCGCCUAAUCUCCCAUGCCGGCAGCUUGACCAACCUGUCCAAGUACCCGGCCUCGACGGUUCAGAUUCUCGGUGCCGAGAAGGCGCUCUUCCGCGCUUUGAAGACCAAGGGCAAUACUCCCAAGUAUGGUCUGCUGUACCACUCGUCCUUCAUUGGCCGCGCUGGUCCCAAGAACAAGGGCAGAAUCUCGCGUUUCCUCGCCAACAAGUGCUCCAUUGCCUCCCGUAUUGACAACUUCUCCGAGGCGCCAUCAACCAAGUUUGGCGAGGCCCUGAAGCAGCAGGUUGAGGAGCGUUUGGAGUUCUACGUUUCUGGCGCUGCCCCUACUAAGAAUGAGACCGCUAUGAAAUCCGCCAUGGACGCCGUGCUCGCUGACAUCAACGUUGAUGUGGACGGCAGCGACGCUGAGAUGGAGGACGUCGCUGAGCCCAAGAAGGAGAAGAAGGAGAAGAAGGACAAGAAAGAGAAGAAGGAGGAGAAGAGCGAAAAGAAGAAGAAGCGCAAGUCCGACGCUGGGGAGUCUGAGAAGAAGAAGCGCAAGCACGACACCGACGCAGAGCCCUCGAAGAAGAAGAAGAAGGCAUAA